AGGAGUGCAGAGUAAGAGAGGAAAAUUGUGCUCGGAAAACCAGUUUUACGGGUAUUUGCUGAAAGAAAUGCAACUUUAGAGUGCACACAAACAAAGAACGGGCCAUCGGGCAUGCAGUUACACUAAAAAUUCGCAGUGAAACGUGAAAAUUUUGCGUCAACAAGCAAUUUGUAUUUUGGUAUUUUGAUUCCGAAAAUUUGUCGGAUCGAAGAAGAACGACGAAAAAAAAAAGUUGCUACACACACUUCGUACAGCACGCAGUAAAUAAAUUACCAUUAGAUAUCGUCGCUGUUUAUAUUUUUUGCUCGUUCUGUGUCUCUCUGCCGCACACGCAAAAUAAUUACAAAAUAACCUGAGAUAAACGUCGAUUUCGCAGCAAAACAGAAGAAUUUACGCAAAAAAGCCAAAAAAUGUCGACACCGGCCUCGCGAAUACUGAAAAAGAAACAUUUUCGCGUGAAACAUCAAAAAGUGAAAUUGUUUCGGGCGAACGAACCAUUGCUCAGUGUCUUCAUGUGGGGCAUCAAUCACACGAUAAACGAGCUGAGUCAUGUUAACAUCCCAGUUAUGUUGUUGCCGGACCAUUUUCGUGCAAAUUCAAAGAUAAAAGUUGAUUAUCAUUUAUUCAACAAGGAAAAUAUGCCAUCACACUUCAAAUUCAAGGAAUAUUGUCCGUUGGUGUUCAAAAAUCUCCGUGAGCGAUUCGGAAUUGACGAUGUCGACUAUCGUGAGUCCUUGACGCGUUACCAACCCCGUAAAAUUGACUCGUCCGGCAAAAGUGGCGCCCAAUUCUACCAGAGUUACGACAAAUUAUUCAUUCUCAAGAGCUUGACGUCGGAAGAAGUUGAACGAAUGCACUCGUUUUUGAAGCACUAUCAUCCGUAUAUCGUCGAAAGGCACGGUAAUACGUUGCUACCGCAAUAUAUCGGCAUGUAUCGUUUGACUGUGGAUGGCGUACAAUAUUACUUUGUCAUUAUGCGGAAUGUGUUUAGCUCGCAUUUGAAGGUUCACAAGAAAUACGACUUGAAGGGCAGCACAGUUGAUCGUGAAGCGUCAGAUAAGGAGCUGGAAAAGCGAUUGCCAACACUUAAGGACAAUGAUUUCAUUAAACAAGGAGUUAAAAUUAAUAUUGGUGAAGAGGCCAAAGAUAAACUUUUGAACUGGUUGAAUGCUGAUGUGAAUUUCCUAACAAAACUGCAUUUGAUGGACUACUCAUUGCUGGUUGGCAUCCACGAUUGCAGUAGAGCCGACGAAUACCAUGACUCACCAACUGAGGGCGGAAGUAGACCCGAAAACAGCGAUAGCGGCGAGGAAUGUGAUAGCGGCGGCGAUCGUUUCGGUUACAACACCCCGCCCGACUCUCCGCGAUGCAUCGAACAGCAAGGCAAAGAUAUUAUUCCCGACGUAGACAUUUAUGCAAUAGCCAGUAUCGAAGAAAACCGUGAAAUCUAUUUCAUUGCCAUCAUUGACGUACUAACGCACUAUGGUGUGAAAAAACAGGCUGCCAAAGCUGCGAAAACAGUCAAAUACGGAAGUAAUGUUGAUGGAAUAUCAACGUGUGAUCCAGAUCAGUACGCAAAACGUUUUAUUGAUUUUAUAAGUAAAGCUAUCGCAUAAAUUAUUUAGAAUUUUAUCAUUAAUAUCAGCAAACUACAUUUAAAAAAACUGUAUAAUAAACAAUUAUUGCUAUUAUUAUUAAUUCAUUACAUUAAUUAUUGCAAGAAAAAUUAUAAUUACACGUUGACUUUAAAUUAUAACGAGAAAAAAAAUUAUUCAGCACUAUUAAAUUUAAAAAUUUUAUAUAUUUUUUUUUUACUUUUUAAUUAAAUACGUGAGAAAUUGGCCAAAAAUCACACAUCU